UAUAAAGAACAGACCAAUAGUUGUCAUCUGUGGUUAUAUUCCGGUGACUGUCAAGUGCGAGUCUACGAGUGUUGGUUGAGUUAAUUUCUAUCUGACUUUUGUUUGAAAUCCUUUGACAGGUGAUGUUAUAAGCCACGUAGCGUCAUCUUCGAGGAGACCGCGUUUUGCGGUAUCGUUCUUGGAAAAAAAAAACCCACCCUGAAGAAAUUCAAUGUAGUUGUUCUUCUGUCACUUGGAUUCAUCAGAAAGGAUUGCAUAGCAAUAAGAAAGGUGCCGAAAAAGAUGUUGGCCAGGAGCCAGCCACAACUAAUUACAUGUAUCGCCGUUCGCUGGCCCUCACCGAUGUUGACACAUUGAAGGACGAACACUGAAACGUGCGUGGAUUUCAAGCUGCCGCGCGGGUAGCGGGGUGAUGAUGCAAAAUAAUUCCAAGACCAGAGAGAUGUUUAUUGUUCGAGCUUUGGAAAAAAUACUAGCUGAUCGGGAUGUCAAGAGAUCGCACCUCUCGCAGCUUAGAAAGUCCUGCGAGUCUGCGCUUGAAGAUCUCCGUAACGAGAUCAAAGACGUGCCGGCCGUGCAGGGUGAAGAAGUGACAUCGAAUGCUCUUCCGCAACCCAAGAGCGAUUCGAAUGUUAUUACCGCUGAAAAAUACUUCUUGCCAUUUGAGUUGGCGUGCCAGAGCAAAUCGCCGCGAAUUGUGGUAACGGCGCUUGACUGCCUGCAGAAGCUGAUCGCGUACGGCCAUCUUACUGGCAAUGUGCCCGACUCGACGGAGCCUAAUAAACUACUGAUCGUGCGCAUUGUUGAGACGAUCUGCGGCUGCUUCACUGGUCCGCAGACCGACGAGGGAGUGCAGCUACAAAUCAUCAAAGCUCUGCUGACUGUGAUGACGAGUCAGCAUGUGGAGGUGCACGAGGGCACGGUGCUAUUAACGAUUCGUACCGUUUACAAUGUUUACCUGGCGUCACGCAACCUAGUCAAUCAAACGACAGCACGGGCGACUCUCACGCAGAUGAUCAACGUGAUCUUUGCACGAAUGGAGACGCAAGCGGAGGAGGAGAACGUAAGGCUCGACGGGGAGAUUCAUCAGCAGGAAGUUCUCGUCAGCCUUCCGAAUGGAGAGGCUGAGACAGAAUUGAAGAAUAUGGAGAAUGCUUCUGUGAGUAACGACACCGUCGAUCCUCAAGUAAUCGUUAAGAGUAUCCUUGACGACGUGGUGAAAUCCGUGGUGCCGUUGGAGGAGGAGGUCAGUUUAGAAAACGGCAAUCCGGAGGAUAACGGCGACGAGGCAGUUGCCGAGAAUGAUAACAUGGUAACCGCUAAAUUUACCCAUGUGCUGCAAAAAGAUGCGUUUCUGGUGUUCCGUGCUCUUUGCAAGCUCUCUAUGAAACCUCUGCCGGACGGCACCCCGGAUCCGCGAUCGCACGAGCUCCGUUCCAAGAUCCUGUCACUUCAGCUGCUACUGGGUAUCCUGCAAAACGCCGGUCCAGUACUUCGCUCGAACGAGAUGUUUGUUAUCGCUAUCAAGCAAUAUCUAUGCGUUGCGCUAUCGAAGAACGGUGUGUCCUCUGUACCAGAGGUGUUCGAACUGUCGCUGGCGUUAUUCCUAGCGCUGCUCGCGCGCUUCAAGAUGCAUCUCAAGAUGCAGAUUGAAGUGUUCUUCAAGGAAAUCUUUAUGAACAUCCUCGAGACUUCCAGCAGCUCCUUCGAGCACAAGUGGAUGGUCAUACACGCGCUCACACGAAUCUGUGCGGACGCCCAAAGUGUCGUCGACAUCUAUGUUAACUACGAUUGCGAUCUUUCGGCGGCGAAUCUCUUCGAGAGGCUUGUCAACGAUCUUUCGAAAAUUGCACAGGGGCGUCAAGCUUUAGAGUUGGGUGCGUCACCAAAUCAGGAAAAAUCCAUGCGUAUUCGUGGUCUUGAGUGCCUCGUAUCUAUUCUAAAAUGCAUGGUCGAGUGGAGCCGAGAUCUGUACGUAAAUCCCAGCGUGCCAGCGGAUCAACAGCCAUUGUCAGAUCCACCGGAUACCGCAUCAGAGAUCCUCCUGCCGCGUUAUGGCAGCGCGGGUAGCCUUUCAUCAGCUAAUUCUAGCUUGACCGGUAACAAAGAGGUGCCGGACUCGCCGGAGCAGUAUGAAGUGCAGAAGCAGCAAAAGGAGGUAUGGGAGACUGGGAUUGAAAUCUUUAGUCGCAAGCCUGGUAAGGGCGUGCAGUACUUGCAAGAGCAAGGGCUGCUCGGCACUUCGCCAGAAGAUGUGGCCAGAUGGCUGCAUCUGGACGAGCGUCUCGACAAAACCGCCAUUGGUGACUUUCUAGGCGACCAUAAUCAUAACCAGGUAAUGUACCAUUACAUUGACCAGAUGAACUUUGCCGAACGCGAUCUAGUAACUGCACUUAGGUAUUUUCUGGAGGGCUUUCGGUUGCCCGGCGAAGCGCAGAAGAUUGAUCGACUAAUGGAAAAGUUUGCUAGUCGCUAUUGUGAGUGUAAUCCUAACAAUGGCCUCUUUACUAGCGCGGAUACAGCAUACGUUCUCGGCUUCUCGAUCAUAAUGCUGACUACCGAUUUGCACUCGCCGCAAGUCAAGAAUAAAAUGACCAAGGAACAAUACAUCAGACUUAAUCGGCGCAUCAGCGACAACGAGGAUCUUCCCGAGGAAUACCUUUCUAGAAUCUACGACGAAAUCGCCGGCAACGAGAUCAAGAUGAAGUCGAAUCCUAAUAAUAGCCGACUCUCAGGCAAACAGCUGAUUUCCAGCGAAAAAAAGCGACGACUGCUAUGGAAUAUGGAAAUGGAAGUGAUUUCUACGGCGGCGAAGAAUCUGAUGGAAUCCGUCAGUCACGUUCAAGCGCCGUUUACGACGGCGAAGCAUCUGGAACAUGUGAGGCCGAUGUUCAAGAUGGCUUGGACACCGUUUCUCGCGGCCUUCAGCGUCGGACUUCAAGAUUGCGACGACCCGGAGAUCGCGUCGCUCUGCUUAGAUGGUAUCAGAUGUGCCAUUCGUAUCGCCUGUAUCUUUCACAUGAGCCUUGAACGCGACGCUUACGUGCAAGCUCUGGCGAGAUUCACUUUGUUGACGGCCAAUUCUCCUAUUACCGAGAUGAAGGCAAAGAACAUCGACACCAUCAAAACUCUCAUCACGGUGGCUCAUACUGAUGGCAACUACCUAGGCAAUUCGUGGCUUGACGUCGUCAAGUGCAUCUCUCAGCUGGAGCUCGCGCAGUUGAUAGGCACCGGAGUACGGCCGCAAUUGUUAGGUCCACCGUCAAAACCGCAUUUCCCCUCACCAUUAGCGAACUUCGGCAAUCUCACACACUCUGCCAACUCGCAUCAGACUAAUAAUCUCAAUCUGAGCUCGUUGGACCCCAGCGUGAAGGAGUCCAUUGGCGAAACUAGCUCACAGAGUGUCGUCGUAGCCGUUGAUCGUAUCUUCACCGGUUCAACGAGACUUGAUGGUGACGCCAUUGUCGAAUUUGUCAAGGCUCUCUGUCAGGUAUCUCUUGAAGAGUUGGCACACCCUACGCAACCGCGUAUGUUUUCUCUUACGAAAAUUGUCGAAAUCUCGUACUAUAAUAUGGGUCGUAUUAGACUACAGUGGUCCAGAAUCUGGCAAGUUCUCGGCGAUCAUUUCGACAGGGUGGGAUGUAGUCCUCGACAAGAUAUUGCAUUUUUCGCGGUGGAUUCUCUGAGGCAGCUGGCUACCAAGUUCAUCGAAAAGGGCGAAUUUGCUAACUUCAGGUUCCAGAAGGACUUUCUCAGACCGUUUGAGCAUAUUAUGAAAAAGAACAGAUCACUCGUGAUUAGAGAUAUGGUUGUGAGAUGUGUAGCACAGAUCGUCCACUCACAAGCGCCGAAUAUUAGAUCCGGUUGGAAGAACAUUUUCAGCGUUUUCCAUCAUGCAGCCAGUGAUCGUGAUGAAUCUGUUGUCGAGUUGGCUUUUUCCAUGACCGGAAAAAUUAUUAAUGAAUUAUAUGCCGAGGACUUCAGCAUUAUGGUGGAUUCUUUCCAAGACGCCGUCAAAUGUCUCAGCGAGUUUGCAUGCAAUGCAUCUUUUCCAGACACUAGCAUGGAGGCGAUCCGGUUGAUACGUUCCUGCGCUUCUUAUAUUGAUGCAAAUCCUAAUUUGUUUGCUGAGGGUAUGAUGGACGAUAGCGGGAUGGUCUCCGAGGAGGAUCGAGCCUGGGUGAGAGGGUGGUUCCCGUUGCUGUUUGAAUUAUCCUGCGUCGUGAGUAGGUGUAAGUUGGACGUUAGAACGCGCGCACUGACAGUACUCUUUGACGUCGUUAAAACCCACGGCGCAUCCUUUAAACCUCACUGGUGGAAGGAUCUGUUCCAGGUUCUUUUCAGGAUUUUUGACAAUAUGAAACUGCCUGAACAACACACCGAGAAAGCUGAGUGGAUGACGACAACGUGUAAUCACGCUCUCUAUGCCAUUGUGGAUGUGUUUUCACAGUUUUAUGAUAUCCUAGGCCCCUUGCUACUCGAACAGCUCUAUUUCCAACUUCUCUGGUGUGUUCAGCAGGAUAAUGAACAGCUAGCACGCUCGGGCACUAACUGCCUGGAAAAUCUGGUCAUCAGCAACGGUAUCAAGUUCGACGAGGAAACCUGGGAGAAGACUUGUCAGUGCGUUCUGGACAUUUUCGAGAGUACUCUACCGUCCGCGCUGCUCACGUGGAAGCCGCAUCCACCGAAUAAGGAGUCCGAUCUCGACGUGAUCACCGGCGAAUCUGACGGUCCUCACGUUGGUAUUCUGAAGAGGACCAACAGUGUGCAGAGCUUGAAUACCGAGACCCUCCCAAGAGCAAAGCUUUUCGCCGCGUUGCAAAUCAAGUGCGUGGUUCAACUCGAGUUGAUACAAACAAUCGACAACAUUGUUUUUUAUCCGGCUACAUCACGCAAGGAGGAUCAAGAAAACUUGGCGCUCGCGCAAGCCGAUAUGCUGAAUGGCAAGUCAUUGGAGCUUGUAAAAGCCAGUACUGAUCAACAGAAAGAGGAGCAGGGCAUGUACUGCGCUCUAACGACCAAUCAUCUCUUGCAGCUGGUGGAGUGUCUGCUGCGAUCACAUCGUUUCGCCAAGAGCUUUAACUCUAAUCACGAACAGCGCAAUGUGUUGUGGAAAGCUAGCUUUCGCGGCAACAUGAAGCCAAAUUUGCUGAAGCAGGAGACGCAGUCGCUCGCAUGUGCUCUGCGUAUUCUCUUCAAAAUGUACAGCGACGAGGCACACCGCGUGGACUGGCCUAGGGUCGAGGCACGGCUGGUCGAGAUGGCGUGCGAGGCCCUCGAAUACUUUCUGGCGCUUACCAACGAGGCCCACCGUGACGCCUGGACCCCUAUUCUUCUGCUACUACUCACACGGAUCCUCAAGAUGAGCGAUCAUCGUUUCGCGGUUCACGCCUCCACCUGCUAUCCCUCUCUCUGCGAGGUCAUGUGCUUCGAUCUCAAGCCGGAGCUAAGGUCGGUGCUUCGUAGAUUUUUCCUUAGAAUCGGCCCAGUCUUCAGAAUCACACAGCAGUAGUAGCGGAGCAGCAAUAGACUAUCUGAACAGGCACCCAAAAUCAUCUCGAACGGUGUUGAAUUACCUCGACUGCGACGCUUACGCGAGAGAGAUGAUGUUUCACAUCUGCGUUUCUACCCCGACGAUAAAAUUGUAAUUAAAUGUAAAGCGCGGUUACUUUAGCUUACGUUAAAUUAUUUGUGUACGACCCAACGAUCUUCGCAUAAAGUUGUAUAUUGUUGAUUAGAGCUUUCGCAGCGUGUUUUCAUUAUUUUAUAUUUCAAGUUGAGACACCGAUUUUUGCCGUCACUCUUUUACGUAACGUCAGGUAUAGUGAAUCUACUGAACUGUGACUUGGAUUUCAUUUUGUCUAAUGUAUAUUCGUAAAUAUAUUAAACAUUUUGCAGUAGCUUAAAUAUGUCAUUCGUUAUUAUUCAAUAUAAGAAUUAUUAAUAUAAAAAUAUUAAUAUUAAUAUUUAUAUUAAAUUUAAAAUAAAAGAGUAUUUUAAGAGUUAAUCUAAAAUUUAAAUAAAAUUUUAAUACAAUUUUAAUAUAAUAACGUUUCAUUUAUGUAAAGUUAUUAUAAAUAAUAUUAAUGCUCACAUGUUAAUUUUAGCACUACGUUUAUAAUGAGAACACGCACUGUUAUGUACACCUUUGUGUGUGUCGCAGAAAUCAUUGGAUCGUAUGCGAAUGGAGUUAACAUUGCGUGCACACAUGCAUCUAUGUAAUAUAACAGAUUAUACGUGUGUGUGUGUGUGUGUGUGUGUUGUGUUGUGUGUGUACACACAGGAAAAUGUGGGCGGUUAGGAAUUGGCAAUAUGUAUUUUUAUCAAUCAAAAGUUGAUCAUAAAGUUUAGGAUUCAGGUAUGAUAGUUAUUCUUACAAGUUUUUAAUUUCACGUUAUUUAAGAAGGGAGGUAUUAAUUUAGAAAACAAUUUGUAAGAUUUUUUUUUUAAGAAAAGUGCUGUUGAAUUCGGAAAUAGUAAAACUUUGGAUACAUACUUAUUCAUGUUUAAACUAUAUGCAUGUACUAAUUUUUUAAAGUUUUUAACAAGGGAAGAUCUAAUUUUAUAUCUCAUGAGUUUUGGAAAUUUCUGAAAUAAAUGGAAAAAACCAUGAUUUUUAUGGUUUUUUUCAUGGUUUCCGCCAUGAAAAUCAAAUUGCGCCAAUUUUUACUAUCAUUUUUGUAAUCAAUGCGUCAAAAUACGUAAGUAUACACAGUUAAAACAGAUCGGAGGUAUGAACUUUUUGCAAGUUUAUUCCUUAAAGCAGAGUUUGAGGUCAUAAAAGUAAUAUGUAUCAUUCAAGUGUAAGUGAAUCAAAUGAUUGCAAGAUUAUAAAGUUUGAAAAAACUGCACAUGUUAUAGAUAUCAUAGUAAAUGGCCGAAAUUUUAAAGAAUCAAUCUAACUAUAGCGUCUAAAUGUUAAACGUCUUGAGUUCGCUGUUUUUAUUGAAUACUAUAUUUAAAAUGUAAUUUAAUGUGUUUUAUCUUUAAAUAAUCAAUUUUAUUUUUUAAUAUAUUUUAAAAACAAAUUAAUUAAAAAUUACCUUCUAGAAUCAUAAAAUUAAUUAGCUUAUUCGGCGCACGCGAAAUACAAACCUACGAAGUGUAAGAGAACACGAGAGCGAGAAAAGAAUUUAUUAAUUCAAAAUAAGACCCAUACUUGAGGAGACGUUAAGACCAGAUCUACAAUAGUGUAAUAAGCCUUAAGCCUUAAAAAAUUAAUCAAUUAUAUUGGUUUAUUCUUCUCACAUUCAAUUAUAAUUGAUCAGUUUCUUAUGGCAUAAAGCUUACUACACCUAUUGUAGAUCCGGGCUAAAGAUGGAAGCGAUGGACGACCGCAAACUCACAUCACAGGAGAAUCCACAAUAGUUACGAGAGUGAAAAGAAAUGGAAGCACUUCCAAAGGAUCGUCUCUGAGUUCAGAUUAUAAAAUGCACUCUUUACUAAGAGUGAAGAAAACAUUUUAUUUUUACAAUCUGCCGCAAUAUCAUCAGAAGCUUCUGUCCAAAUACAUUUGCAACAGGUGAAACGAUAUAUUGGAAACAACGACAAGAUAAUAAAACUAUAAUAAAACACAUAACCUAUAUAUUUGAAAACAUGUUUAUCUAUUGCACAAGUUGACAACUUCUAAAGUUAAGGCUUGUAAUGUUAGAUCAAGAGAAAGUGCAAGCUACCAUUAAGUACCCUAACUAGUAUGCGACUGGAGCAUGGAAGACAAAGGAACGAAAAGCGUACUAUUAGAUUAAAACAUGAGUAAAAUAAAUAUUUUUGAAAAAAAAGAAAUUGAUUUCGAAGAGAG